AUGCAGCCGAUUUUUACAAUCACAAAUCGUAAAUUACUCUAUUUUGCUUUAACCUUACCAAUUCUAUGGAUUAUCAAAGCUAAUGGUUAUCCUUUGCCGCCUCUUUGGGAUCAAGCCCCCAAUUCGUUGACCGACUAUCCUGUUAUUAAGAGUCACGGUAAAUCAAUUAUUUCGAUCAAUCCUUGGAAUUAUACGCAACGAUUGGGUCUGUAUAAAUGCCUUCUGAAUGCAACGGAUCCCUACAUGCAACCAAUUCAUAUGCAUGGUAAAUCAAACAUCUUGUGGGGACUGGCCGUUCAGCUAGGAUGGCAGAAAGAAACUGGUCGUUUGAAUGAUUUAACAAACACAACUCAGUGUGGCUUACCGGGAAGUGACAUGGAUUGCAUAUGGCCUUUGAGUUGGUGGGGAUCAAUUAAUUAUUUUCUCUCCGCUAUUCCGUUUCUUGCUUCUUUAAAGGCGAACAUGAUACAAGCUAAAUACCAAGUUAUACUCACUCAACCAAAGUUAAAAUCUAACGUUGAAAAAGCAAAGUUCUGCUUCUCAAUUAAAGACUGCUAUCAUAAAUACAAUUCUACAAUGGUCAUGUGGACAUCAUUCUUCACACAUAUUUUGAAUAUAAAAAAACAGCAUCCCAAUUUAUUGCGAAAUAUGAAUCAGUUAACACCUAGUGAAGACCAAAUCCUAAAAUUAAUGUGGACUGCUCACACGCAAUCGCUACAUGCGACACUGGAAUUAUUUGCAACUAAAGUGAAGUACCUAUCGCAUCCUGAGCAAAAAUUUGCGUUAUCAUGGGCCAACUUAGUUUAUUUUAUUGGCAGUUGUCAUUUUAUAACAGAUUUCAAUAAUACAGUAUCCAUGCAAGUCAAUCUUCUACCAAAGAGGUUACUAAGAAAUGGUGAUAACCCACCAUUUGUCAAAGAUUUCAAUCAAGAUAUUAACGCAUGUCUUUUUAUUACUGAAGCAUUACGCGAUGCAAACUUGGCAACAGAUAAUUUAAUACUAACUCUAUGGAAUAAGGCUAUGUGUACGCCGAAAGGCAGAAGAGAUGGCCGAUUCUUCUUAACGCAUGCAAUCACACAACCAAAAACUUUGAUUAGUAGCUUCCUAAGGGUUUUAGGAGACAUUCUAAAAAGCCCCGGAUGCUAG